UAAAAUAAUUUUGAGUUUAUUUUUUGUGUUUGUUUUUUGGAAAAAAAAUGCAUGAUAUAGUUGCACCGCGAAAUUCUUGUAUAACAAGACGAUGGGUACAAUAUGCUGGUGCUAUUUCAGCUUCCCUGGUGAUAUUUACAAGUGGAAUGCAUUUUGUCUGGGUAUCAGCGUCAUUACCCAAAUUAUAUGCAAAUGAUUCUAUAAUACCUUUAUCUGUGGACGAAGGUUCAUGGGUUGCGUCAAUGGAAUUAUUUGCAGACUUACCUGGAGCACCUUUAGGAGCAUUUUGUGCUGAUUAUUUUGGUCGGCGUCGUGGUUUAUUACUUACUGGUUUACCAUAUUUCAUUGGAUGGGUAAUGAUUGCUUUAGCUACAAACGUUCCAACAUUAUUAGUAGCCAAAUUUUUAGUAGGUGUCGCUGAUGGAUCUACAUAUACAAUUUUACCAAUGUUUAUUGGUGAAAUUGCCGAAGAUGAUAUUCGAGGAAAAUUGGGGAAUUGUAUGACAGUAAUGUUGGAUUUGGGUUCGCUGUUUUUAUAUAGUGUUGCGCCAUGGAUACCAAUACGAACAAUGGCACUAAUUGCAAUGAUUAUUCCCGUAUUAUUUUUUGCUACUUUUUGGUGGAUACCAGAAACACCAUAUUAUUUGCUGAUGAUAAAGAAACGUGAUAAAGCAAAGAAAUCGUUACAACAAUAUCGUGGUUUAGCAAAUGUAGAUGCUGAAUUUGAAGAUAUGUCGAAUAUUGUUGAUUGUCAAAUGUCUGAAACGUCUAAUUGGUCUGAUUUGAUAAAAAACAAAGCAUACUUCAAGGGUAUGGUUAUUAUGUUUGGUCUAAAAACCAUGCAAAUGAUGAGUGGUAUAUUUGCGGUGCAAGUUUUUGCCGAACUAAUUUUUUCGAAAGCCGGAGGUUUUUUUAGUGGAUCCAUUUCAGCUAUAAUAUUUGGUGCAGCACAAUUUUUAAGUGGUUUUUUUGCUAUGUUAAUUGUUGACAAAGUUGGGCGCCGUCCUCUGUUAAUUAUUUCUUCGAUUGGAUGCUGUAUCGCCCUAACUGGACAAGCUGUUUAUUUUUAUAUACAAUUCCAUGAAAUUAUGGAUUUAGAAGCUUACGGCUGGGUCCCUGUGACAGCUUUAAUGAUUUAUAUAAUCAUGUAUAGUGUUGGUUUGGGUGCAAUUCCGCUUAUGGUUCCAAGUGAAAUGUUCCCAACAAAUAUUAAAGCCAAAGCGUUAUGUAUUACCGAUCUAUAUUUGGCUAUGUUAGGAUUUUUAAUUGUACAAUUUUAUCAAAUAGUAGCUAAUAAAUAUGGCAGCCAUGUACCAUUUAUUAUAUUUGCCUUAUCAUGUGUUUUCGGUGUAUUUUUCACAAUAUUUAUUAUGCCCGAAACAAAAGGUAAAUCACUGGAAGAUAUACAAAAUAUGUUAAGAAAAACAAAAGAAGUAAAGAAUUUAGUCGAAAAACCUGAAAAAUCUAAAUCUCCAACGUCAGAAGCUUCGAUUUCGCAAAGUUCAUUGUAAAAAAAAAAAAAAAAAAAAUGGAUUUAGUUAAAUUAAUGAUUUAAGCGUUAUGACUGAGAUUGGCAGAAAGAAUAAUAUUGUGGAAUAACUGUGAUUCAGAAACCGUUUAAAGACUUAGGUAUGAGGCAAUGGCUGAGAAAUAUAAUUUAUUUUUAUAACAAUUGAAUAAAAUUGAAA